AUGGGAAGAUUUGAAAUUCUCAAUCAUAUGUCCGAUGGUGAAGGCAAUUUGGCUCCCCAUAGUGGGGGAAGUUGCCAGGCUUCCUUGUCGUUUGAUAAUGGAGAAACCUGGAAAGUUCUGCAUACUUAUCAGGGUGGUUGUCCUCGUGAUGUAAAAUUUCGUUCGGAAAGAGCUGGUCCCAAUCAGGUAUUCUUCUUUUAUGUACCUGCAGAGACCCGAGCAGGUGCAGCGCUAUUUUCUUGGAGUUGGUUUGCAGUGACUCCAAGUCGUCCCGAAAUGUUUCAAAAUUGUGCGUCGGUGAUGAUUGCGGGUUCGGGCAACGAUACACUAGAUCAUCUUCCCGAUAUGUUUGUCGGUGAUCUUACUAUCGCAGGGCAUAUAGAUCAAGGUGAAUGCCGUACUACAUUAGGAUAUGCAGUGGUCUUUCCAGAUCCUGGUACCGCUUUGACUAUCACUGAAGUCCCUGGUGUCAUAUUCAAGGAGCCCACCGCUGGUAAAUGUUAUGCGAAAGGAUCUAAAAACAAAGCUGCUACUGUUGAUCAAAUGUGA